GUUUUGCAAAUAAUCCUGGCCAUUUUUAAAUAAAUAAUAUGUGGUACAGAAGUUUAGCAAUACUCUUGCUGGUAUUCAGGUCUUCGUCAGCGAUAUUAGAUAUUCCAGAGGACUUCGAAAUAGGUUUUGCCACAGCGGCAUACCAAAUUGAAGGCGCUUGGAACGAAGAUGGCAAAGGGGAAAAUAUUUGGGAUAGAAUUCUGCACACUAAAAACGCGACCGUGGAUGGAUCCAAUGCUGACAUAGCCUGUGACUCAUACCACAAAUACAAAGAAGACGUCGCUCUUUUAAAGGAAAUGGGAGCCGACUUCUACAGAUUUUCCAUAUCAUGGUCAAGAAUCUUGCCUAGCGGUUUCCUGAACACUUCUGUCAAUUAUCGCGAAACUCCAGGAGUGAAAUACUACAGAAAUCUUUUGCUAGAAUUACAAUCUUCAGGAAUUAAACCUAUGGUUACCUUGUACCAUUGGGAUUUGCCUCAAAGUCUGCAGGAUUUAGGUGGCUGGACCAACCCAAUGAUUGUAGACUGGUACUCGGAUUACGUCAGGGUGUGUUUUGAAAUGUUUGGAGAUUUGGUGAAAAUGUGGAGUACUUUCAAUGAACCCAUGCAAACCUGUCAAGGUGGUUAUGGAAGUACUGCUAUGGCUCCCCAAAUUGUAUCACCUGGAAUUGGAGAGUACCUUUGUGCGCACCAUCUAUUAUUAUCUCACAGCGCUGCUUAUCAUAUAUACAAAAAAGAAUUUAAAAAACAGAAUGGUAAGAUUUCUAUCGUGACAGAUUUCAACUGGUUCAUACCUUUGAAUUCGACAUCUAAGUCUGACCAAGAAGCUGCAGAAAGAGCUCGUAUGUUCUUUUAUGGUUGGUACAUCCACCCAAUAGUCUAUGGUGACUAUCCUGAGGUAAUGAUCCAACUUAUAGGGGAAAAAAGCACAUUGCAAGGAUUCAAACAGUCACGACUGCCUGUUUUUACCGAAGAAGAAAAGGACAAACUUAAAGGAUCGUACGAUUUUUUGGGGCUCAAUCAAUACGGAUGUUUUUAUACGACAUCCGUAAACCGAACUGGUGUCAGUUUUCAACUCGAUAUGAAUAUUGCGAUCUCUUCAAAUGCUUCUUGGGAAACUACAGCUGUGCCGUAUUUUGUGGUCACACCGUGGGCUUUGAAGGAUACGUUAAUAUGGGUUAAAGAAAACUUUAAAAAUCCCGAAAUAUAUAUCACAGAAAAUGGUAUGGGAGAUGCAGAUGGUUCUCAAGAUGACAUGCAAAGAUUAAACUAUUAUAAGGGAUACAUUGGGGCAGUUCUAGAUGCGAGAGCUGAAGGUGUAAAAUUGAAAGGUUACACAGCCUGGAGCCUUUUGGACAAUUUUGAAUGGAUGAAUGGAUACACGAAACACUUUGGAGUGGUGCAGGUAGAUUUUAAUAGUCCAAAUAGAACAAGAACUAUAAAGAAAUCGGGAAAAUACUUUAAGUCGAUUAUAAAAACGAGAAAACUCAGUUCAACUUUAGACAAUGAUGAUUAAAAUAUAAUAAAUGAUUUACAAUAAAUAGUGUAAAUAGUAUUAUUUACACCUUGGUAACUAAAACUAUUUUAUAUCUAUAUAUAUUUAUAUAAAUAUUUAAUUGUUCUCCAACAAUGAAUUAAAUUUAUUAGUUUAGAUAAAAGUUAAUUGUAUAAAUUUAAACAAUGAAAUUUAUGUUGAUUAUUUCUUAUCAAAUAUAUAUUUGAAUAAAUAGUUUGAACUUACAA